AUGGCGGUGCUGGGCGAGACGAAGGAGAAGGGGGUUGAGAUCUUCCUCACCCUGGUGGAAAUCUGUACAGCCGUCACCGCCAUUGUGCUGGCGGCCAUCGCCCUGCAGCAGUCAGUGGCCGGCGACCCGUGCGAGAUGAAAGAUUACAACGCCACCCUGGCCAACCAGACUACGGUGGAGAAUAACGGGACCUCGUUCUUCGACGAGACGUGCUUCAUCAUGAACGAUACGAAGCAAAUCUGCUGCGGCCGGGACAAGGGCGCGGUCCUCAUCAACGCCGGCGUGUUGCAGCUCUCCGGCGUCGUCUUCAUUCUCCUCUCCAUCCGAUUGAUCGUCACCAUCUGGCGCUGCUGCGAGGUGCGGAAGGAGCCCCUGCACGACCCCAUGAGCAAAGGAUCCAUCAACGCCGGCCUCUGA